GCAGCACCGUCGGCUGUGUAUACAUGCAGUUGUCUGCACGAAACGUCUCGCCGCUAGGUCCCGAAUGUUUUGUGAAUUUUGUGUUGUUUUCCCGUGUGAAAUUUUUGUUGGUGAUCGUUGCAAGGAACCCGUGAUUUUCCGUUUGUUCAGUACCGUUACCCCCGUUAUCCCCGUUUAUUUUUCAUUCGUCGUUCUGCGGACCUGGACCUUUUGCAGCUAGAGGUGGCGCGGCACGUGGGCUUGGAGGAGAGCAAUGUACCUCUCAUGGAGAAAACGGAAGCUCCGUUAUCAACGGUAUCGACGACGCUCGAGGACGCGUAACGUAUAGAUGCGGCCUGGCUAUUGAUACGUUCGCGAUCGGUCGCUGAAACCUCGAGGCGUCGACGGGCCGAGACGUGCUCCCUUCGAGAUACCAAGGGUCGGCCACGGAUCCAGGUGUGAACGAGGCGCGAGCCGUUACGGAGGUGGUGGAGGUGGUGCUGGCGGAGCAAGAAGAGAAGCGAGACCGCGCGGAGGUGGUGGAGACGGCGGUGAAGGAGGAACCGGUAGAGGCGGAGGACGAAGAGGACGAGGCGAAAGGAAAGAAGAGGAAGGAGGAGGAGGAGGAGGAGAAGAAGCUGGACGAACUGGAGGCGGAGAGGAACGGAUCCGGAACCGGAUACUGGAACGCGGUGAACGAAAGGGGGAGCGGGAACGGAAGAGGAGGCGGGAAAGUAUCCGAUAGAGGAGCGAAAUCUCUCGAAAACAUGACGCAACAGAGCGGAGCUGGGUCGCCCCAGCAAUUUUGCCUGAGGUGGAACAACUAUCAGACGAACCUGACGAACGUGUUCGAUCAGCUACUGCAGAGCGAGAGCUUCGUGGACGUGACCCUAGCCUGCGACGGGCACAGCGUGAAGGCGCACAAAAUGGUGCUGUCCGCGUGCAGCCCGUACUUCCAGGCCCUGUUCUUCGACAAUCCCUGCCAGCAUCCGAUCGUGAUCAUGAAGGACAUCAAGUGGCCGGAGCUGAAGGCCGCCGUCGAGUUCAUGUACAAGGGCGAGAUCAACGUGUCGCAGGAGCAAAUCGGCCCGUUGCUGAAGGUCGCGGAGAGCCUGAAGAUCCGCGGGCUCGCGGACGUGAACAGCGAGCAGGAGCUGACCUCCCGGCCCAGCAUGGAGGAGGCAGCGAACGCGGCCGCCGCCGCGAUGCACAGGAGGAAGCGGCGCCGAAUAUCGGGCGAGAGAUCGCCACCGGGCAGCAGCCCCGAUCGGAUCGCGUCCGGAGGCCUGCCGGACGACCAGGACCCGAACUCGGCCGGAGGCGUGAUCGUGCCCGACAUUCACGGCAUGCUGACCAGCAGCUCGACCCCGAGAUCCCUCGGAUCCCCCGGCACUCCCAACGUCUCCGUCACCCCGCAGAUCAACCUCCAGGAACUUCCGGUAUCGCUGCCGCUGCCGCCACCCCCGCCGCCGCCCCCGCAGGGCCAGCAGGGCUCGCACUCCGUGUCCGCUCACCAUGUGCCCGGCCACGUGACUUCCGGUACCCACGCCUCCGUCAACCACCUGACCAGUCACGGCCAACAGCUCACCGUCCAGCAACAACAGCAACAGCAACAACAGCAGCAACAGCAACAGCAUCACCAGCAGGGUGUCCCCGGACAGCCGAACCCCGGAGACGAUCUGGAAAUCAAGCCCGGCAUCGCCGAGAUGAUUCGCGAGGAGGAAAGGGCCAAGUUGUUGGAGUCAUCCCACGCUUGGCUCGGAGCCUCCACGUCGAGUAUAGCAGCAGACAGCUACCAAUAUCAGCUGCAGUCGAUGUGGCAGAAGUGCUGGAACACCAAUCAGAGCCUGGUGCACAAUCUACGUUUCCGUGAACGCGGGCCCCUCAAGUCCUGGAGGCCGGAAACGAUGGCGGAGGCGAUCUUCAGCGUCCUCAAGGAGGGAUUAUCCCUGAGUCAAGCCGCGAGGAAAUAUGACAUCCCGUACCCGACCUUCGUUCUGUACGCCAACCGGGUGCACAACAUGCUGGGUCCGAGCGCCGACGGCGGGGCCGGUGAGUAUCUGCGCCCGAAGGGACGAGGCAGGCCGCAAAGGAUUCUGCUUGGCGUCUGGCCCGACGAGCACAUCCGCGGCGUGAUCCGGGCCGUCGUGUUCCGCGACGGACACUCGCCGCACAUCGUCAAGGAAGAGCCAGCCACGAUGUACCCGACUUUGGCGAAUUACGCCGCCUGCAACGGGCCGGAAGGAGCGGUCAGCCCCGGAGCUGCAGCCGCGGCCGCGGUUGCAGCGGUCGCCCAAGGUCUGCGACAUCAGAUGUGCAGCAUGGUGGCAGCGGCGCACUCGCAGCAGCACGAGAUGAUGGCGACGAAUCUCUCGACGAACAUGUCGACGAACAUGUCGAGCAGCCUGUCGUCGAAUCUACAGGCGGCGAUGCAGGCCAGCCAGCACCAUCACAACAGCAACAACAGCGGCGCCGUGAUCGGCAGCAACAACGGCAGCGGCGGCGGAGGACCGAUGCCUGGUCCCGGGCCAGGCAACAACGGCAACUCGCCGUUGAAUCUUGGCCUGGCCAGCCCGGGGUCCGGCGGCCCGCCCGAAAGCCCGAUGGAGAGUCCCCUGGCGAGCCCGCUGGGCCCGCUGAUGGACCCGGGACACAUACCGAGCAGCGUGGAGGUCGGCAUCGGCGUGAGCGGAAUGACCUACAAGCCGGCGCGAAGUUUCGUCAGCCCGCGGCCGGAGAAUCUCUUCCAAGAGGACAUCGCGGAUCUGGUAAAGAGCCCGCACGGGCUCAAGGACAAGGACAAGAUCCCGGUGAAGCUCGAGCCACUGACGGACUCCCGUUGCGAAUAGUAAGCCAGCGACGGCCGAGCACGAAAGAGCGAGCUAAUCGUUGCCGGUUGGACCAGCUUCGGGUUCCAGCAGGCAUCCCCGUCAGCGGCCGGCUCUUUCCGCGCAGCCGAGCGUUCCGAGCGAAGUGGACGCGACUAAUUUAGCCGACCCGAUCGGGUCCCGGGCUCCGGAACACCACGAUUCUUCUAGCAAAGCGAGCCGGCCCGGCGUCGGCGGAUUCGUCCGAUCUUCGCGACCGAAUCGAGCAAACCUCUCGGGCGACUCGAGCGAGGAUUCGCUCUCGCGGCGACGCAAAAGUAUACUUGUUAGCGAUCUUGGGACACGAGAUCGAGGCUUACAAUCAAAAUGAUGCAGAGAGGAAAGGAAGAGAGAACGGGGAGAGAAGAGAAGAGAAGAGGGACGCGAGCCGGCGAGCAGGCGCGCGGGGUCGCAAUCGACCCUCUCGACGGACCGUAUUAACCAGACCGACACACAUUUCUUCCCAACGCGAUCUCGGACGUGGAUCGCGAUCGCUCGCAGUCGCCUGCCGCCGGCGGCGUGGAUCCCGCGAAUCGCGUGGAUCUCGCGCGACCGGAUCGGUCGCCGGUCGCGAGUCCACCGACUCCCGGAAAGUAAAAUGCUGUAUUCGCAGAGAGAGAGAGAGAGAGAGAGAGAGAGAGAGAGAGAGAGAGAGAGAGAGGGGGGGAGAGAGAAGAGCGAGCGAGCACCGCGUGGCGCCAGGGACACACGCUUAAACUCGAGAUUUAUAUAUUCACGCAUAUACGAUAACCGUACGUUUAAUGCCAAAUGUAUAGUAAUUGGCGCGCGGCCUCGAGCCACGGGCCAUUAUCCGCGUCGGUCGAUCGCCGCCGGGAUCGGAUCGGUUCGCCGGCGCGGACUAGAUGUUUCAGUUUUUUUGAUCGCGACGCGGCUCGUCGGGGACCGAUGCCGGACGAUCGGGAGAAUCUUAGAUCGCUGUUCGGUAUUUGGAUCGUCCGGGAAACGCGCGCGCGCGCGGUCACAGAGAAAUCCGCGCGAGCAAGCCCCGACGAACCCCGGGAUGUACAAAAUUUGCUUACGAGUGUCUGUCGCACGAGAAAACGACUAAAAAAACCCUCACGGGACGAAAGAGAGGGGGGGGGGAGACGAUGUUGAGCGCUGUUCGACUCGAGAGCGAACACCGAAAGAGAACAUGCGAUGGAAGAACAAAGAAAAAAUAACCGAUUGCUAUACUUUAUUAAGUGUAAUGAUUGCCUUCCUGCCAUAUUUGGGGUAUGCCAAGUAUAAAAAUUAUAAGGUUUAGAGAUUAGGGAAACGAGGAAAUUCAUUGAAUUUGGAACUGGAGAACAUGUCGAUAGAGGUGUGCGAGUGUGCGAGAGCGGCGUGCAUCCGUUGUUGUUGCGAUCGCGUGCGCGUUGAGAAUCGACGAGAGAGAGAGAGAGAGAGAGAGAGAGAGAGAGAAAGUGUGUGUGAGAGUGACACUGUUUGCCUGAGAUUCACCGUGAGAAUGGGAGACAAUGCGUGGUGCGCGCGCGACCGAAUGCUUUUGUUUCGGAAAGAUCGUGCUAUUUUUCAAAAUUUUACACACCGCGCGUACGACUUUUUCGCGAAGGGACCCUCGAUCCUCGACAAUCGGAGAACGAUCAGCGUCGAGUAGCCGGCGAAUCGACGGACGAAUCGGUUAACAGAAUCGAUCUGCCAGCAGAUCCUCGGCGCCGACAGCUGUCGAGUCGGAUUCGGAUUUGGAUUCGCGAGCCUACUCGUCGAUCGUUCUUGCCACGGACCGCCGUUCAGAGAUAUCGUGCGACGUCCACGAGCGAGUUCGUUUCGGGCCUAGCCAUCCCAGGGACAAUUUUAGAAGGAAGAAGGGAAAGAGAGAGAGAGAGUGCGCGAAUGUGAGAAAGAGCGUGCGAAUGUGAGAAAGAGUGUGCGAAUGUGAGAGAGGGAGGGCGACUGUGACGAAGGGAGGUGACAAGAGUAAAAAUUGGAAGAGGAGCGUGAAAGGGGAGACGGUACUUUCUAAAAACAAAAAAGUCGACGUGAGAAGAGGCGGGGGAAGAGGGGGGAGGUUUUUUUAAAGUCGGCACACCGGUUCGAGUGACUCUUUGUAAGUAUUAAAAAGUAAAGAAACAAACAAAAAAAAAAGUAACAAUUUUCGAAGUGGCCUUC